GCAUCUGAAAGAACUUUACAUCCCAUACAGUCAUACAGACCUAUAAUGGCAAAAUUAGGAAUAAAGAUGAAAUUCUCCAAUGGUAUUUGCGAGAAAUGUGCAGCGAUAAUCACAAAUUUCGACAAAUUCCUUCAAAAAGUCCAAGAAAUACAGGUUGUAUUGGAUGUAUGCACACGCAGGAAGUUACGCAUAACAAAAUGCAUGACCUGGAGCCCGCAGGCCAUUCAAAAUAUGACUGACGCCUCAAAAGAUUCAGGAAAUGGAACGAAUACCAAUAUUGAACACAUUGAUGGAAAUAUGGCGAUGCCCGUAAUAACUAAUGCAUCUUUGAAAGAAUCUGCUAUAAAAGAUACGAAUAUUAAUAAGACGUCGACUUUUACCAAAACAUUUGUUCCUUGUCCAAAACGUUGCCAAGUAAACAAUCCUGGGUGUGAAGGAAACGACCUAUUAGGAAACUUCAAUAAUAUCACUGAUCAAGACAAUGAUUUGAUCAGCCAAGGUAAUAAUUUUGAAAAGGAUAUUUUGUGUGAUCAACCAGAAUCAGCCCCAUUAGCCGUAGCAAACAGUGCUACAACAGAAGUUAAUCUGAAUGCUCCAGACCCAUUAGCAAUGCCAAACUGUGAUUUACCAAAAGUUAACGUGACUGAGUUUACGCAUAUAUUAUGUACAAAGACACUAACAAAAGAACAAAGUGUACAAGAUGACUGUACUUUGAAACCAAUAAAUUCAUUACAACCUUCAAAAUCCUUUAAAAAUGAAGUACAAAGACAAGAUGAAGAAGACAAUCAUAUAAAGUUAAGAAAGUUGACAACUGAAGAUAUAAAACAAAUGCAAGACUAUAGUGAGAAGGAUUUAAAGCAGAAAACAUUAAAUAGGAUUAAGAUUAACAAAUUAUACAGAGAAAUUCUUUCUGGUACAAGUAACGCAUCUACCGAUAAUAUUAUUACUGAAGAAAAUAAAGUGACUGACGAUGUAAAACACUCGAUUGAACGUGUUAACGAAAAAAUAAUACAGUUGGAGUCAGCGUUACCUAACCCUGGUACUGAUACUAAUAUAGCAGUACUUAAUGAUACAUCUACUGAACUGCUUAAAACAGACUUCGAACCGCUAUAUCAACGUCAUAAAAGAUUAAAACCGAGAAAUAAUCUGAAAGGCGCAAUUCGUCGUGUUAAAGUAGUGGUAAAAAAACCAGAGCAGUUAAAUAAACCACGAGUCGAAAAACGAAUUGUUAAACUGUGUAACCCAGUAGCUCCAAUGGAAUCAUGCUCAGAUUCGUCACAAAUUAAACCGUCAAAUACAGAAAUCGUAAGAUUAAAUGACAAUUCAAGCCCUUUAACAGAAACAUUCACAAAGAAGGUACCUGUUGAAUUAGAUAAUAACAGCCUACCGCACAAAGCACUCAUAGGGAAUAUAAAAAUGUCUGACCAUGAUCAGGAUGUCAUCGAUAUUCAACCUGGUCCACAAAUUAAAAACAAAGGACAGUGUAUAGAGGAAUUGCCUUCAAAUAAUGAGUUAGCAGUAAAUCUUAACCCUAUAAACAUUGUAAAAAAUUUUCUAUCAGAAAGUGUUUUAGAAAUUCCUGGGAAACAAGUUCAAACAUCUGAUCUACAAAUUUCAGAAACUCUAACUUUGAAAAACGUUGAAAAUGCACUGUUAUUGAAGAGGAAAAGAAACAAUCUUAGAAAAGUCUUAAAUGAAUCGAAAAUGACCAACGAAAAAGAAAUAAAUAAAGAAAAAGAAAUUGAUAGUACAUCAAUAGACACAAAUCUAGAUGAGAAAGAGGACAAACAAUGUAGCGAUUAUAGUGAAACUUCGAAAUCCUUUACGUCUUCAUUAAAACUUGAUCAGGAUGAAAAUGGAACUAAAAUUAUAGGCGACAUUCAGAACCCUAUAGGUACCUGCAAGAAACCAUGUGCUCAAAUAAACCAAAUUAAAAAAAGCCAAGUGCUUCAAGAGGUACCUGUUUCUAUGCCUACAGAAAUUCAGAAAGAGGCCGAAGAAAAUGAAAUCGAACCUGCACAAGAUAAUCUUUCGGAAAUAUCUAAUAUGCCAAUUGAACACAACAAAAAAAUUCUGCAGGGAGAUUUGAUUUGUUUCUCUACAAACAACCAAGGAGGGAAAAUAAAUGCAAUUGGAAAUAGACAAGAUAACAAAGUACCCCUAAAAGGUACACAGAUGAUCCUUACUAAAGUGCAGUCAAAAGUACUUGCAAGUACUGAAAAUGAACACUUGGAAGUCAAGAGAAGACAGUCAAGUGUAACUAAAAAUUUUGUUUAUCCUGUUAUAACUUCUGUGCAAACGCUUGAUGAACAAGAAACUAGGACAGUCGAAAAAGAAAGAUCUUACAAUCUGAUUGAACACGACUAUUGCGCCCCAUUUGGGUCAGUCACCCGACGUAGAAAAAAGCGAUCUAUAAAAAAGCGUUUACACAAAUUUUCAGACAAUGGUGCUCAGAACAAUAUGCAAUUAGAAGAACCUUUGUCCGAUAGCGUACCAUCUGUUACCGUUUUACCAAUUAUAACUUCAGUAGUGUCUAUUACUGAAGACGCAUUCGCCAAAGAAAUUGAUAAUCAGGAAAAAAAUAUGUACCGAUGCAACAGUGAAGGCUAUAUUGACCAAAAUACUCAAGAUUAUAGUUGUGAUGAUAUUGGCCAAAGGAAUGGCUUUGCGCAUAGUGCAGGAUUUGAAAAAGAAUUGGAAGAAAGAAAUGAGGUUCGAAUAUGGUCAGAUAAACAUUAUGAUGCUGCUACAUUGUGUUUAGUUACGUCUAAUGAAGAAACUGUGUGUACGGAUAUUAAUGCAAUAGAUACUGCAGCUACGUUAUCUGUAGUUAUGUUUAAUAAAGAAACUGUGAAUACAGAUAAUGCAAUGGAUGUUGCAGCUACAUCUGUAGCUAUGUCUGAUGAAGAAACUCUAUCUAUAGACUCAAUGUCUUAUGAACAAGAUUUCUAUGAGAAUGAUACUUUCUCGUUUAUUGACGAGAAUUCGUCAACUUGCAAUGAAAAACGGACAAAUGGAAAUAUUGAAAUUAAAGUCGAAAGACUAUCAGAUCAAGAAAUAGAGGAAAUGUUUCAUUUCCCAGACGAGGAAAAUGAUUCCUCAUUUAGGAGCGGGUCUGGAAAUACAUCGUCGGUACAACCAUCAGUCUGUGGAUCUUCGUUGCAAAGAAAAUAUAUUGGAAAGUUAAAAAGAUUUGGUGUCAGAAGAAAUGUAAACUCUCCUACGGCGGAGGAGAAUGGAGAAUCUUCGGAUGAAGACGAAGAACGUCGAUGUCGUGCUUGGCGAAAUUCAAUUUUGCUCGUUUGUGACAGACUCCGCGCGCACCAAUACGCUGCAGAUUUUCUAUAUCCAGUUAAGGAGAGCAACGCACCGUUUUAUUACAGCGUGGUUAAGCGCCCAAUGGACUUGAGUACGAUAAGAAAACGCAUAAAGGAUGGUCUCAUUCGAACAACGGCUGACUUCGAACGAGAUCUCCUUUUGAUGAUAUCCAACGCAAUAAUGUAUAACGACCGUGAUUACUUGGUGCAUUUUAUUGCUAAAGAGUUCUUGAAAGAGAUUACUUACGAACUCCACGUGUUAAAGACGAUAAAUGAGAAAAGUUCAUUGUUGGAUUCUAUUAACAAACGUAAACAAGUAUUAUCUUCCAAACUAUCUUCUGCAUCUACUACGUCUACUGCUACCACAGCUGAAUCAAAAACAUCUACUAAAGCAACGAGCAAAGUUGGUACUUCAACAAAAUGUAAACGAAACGUUCCCCCUAAAAAAGCAAUUGUUUCUGAAAGUAAAAAGAACAAAUUAACGACGUGCACAAACGAUCAGGUUAUAGCCGCUUUACAAGCUGCACCAAUCCUGAAAGUCUUAUUAAAUAAAAUACCUGACAAGGAUUUACCUACUAACAUUUCAACUACUCAGAAAAAUAAUGAAGAUAAGAAAUGUAGGCACUCAUUUCUUAAAAGUAUACUUGAAGAUCAACCGUUACUGGAACCCAUAAUAAAACGACGCCGUAAAUCUAUUUAUACAACAUGUAAUAAUAUAAACGAACAUACAAGCGAAAUCAAUAAACCUCUAGAUUACAGUAAAAAUGCCAUGGAUGAAGUUAGUAAUAGUGGGGAUAGUGACACAAAUAGUGAAGAAAGAUUUAUAUUAAAUGACGAAGAGCCUAUGACUAAAAAUAUUAGUAUUUCAGAAAUACUUGAAACUAUUAUUGGUGUAAACAGUGAUCAGAUACGUGUAGAUUUUUACAAUGAAGAUAGUGAAAAUGGUAUUAUUUUAGGAACUGGAGAUAUAAUCGAUCUAGGAAAUGCUGCAGACAUUACAAGUGUACAUAUUAAAACUAAAAUUACUACGACAGCUGCUGUUGAAGAUCUGGAUGGAGAUAAUGUAUUUCUCGAAAUGAAAGAAGACAACAAUAUUGUAACCACUGAAACCAAACCUAAAACUAUGAACGCAAAUGCUGAAAUUGAUUGGUCCCUCGAAAAUAAUCAAACGUUAAAUACGGUUCAAGAAUGUGCAAUGCAAUCUAAUGGUGAUGAAAAUGACACAGAAACUGAUUCAACUUCAUCGUUGGUUUUAGAUAACUGUAGUACAAACAUUGAAGUAACAACUUUCAAAGAUGCAGAUUUAAGAAACAAAUUUAAAAGUCUGGCAAAUAAUCACGUUGACUUGGAAAAUCCAGAAGAAUGCUUGGUAAAAAAUAAAAACAUUAAAGAUACACUGUUAGAGCUUUCAUGCGAGAAUGAAACUGUACAGGAAGUACUAAGUAACCAAAUAGCUUCUGAAGAUUGUAUAGAACACAAUAUUAUUGAUGAAGUUUUGGUAAACACUUUGGUAAACACAAGUGCUGUUGAGUUUUCUGAUGUCACUGUCAAACACACAUUUAUGAUGAACAAUAAAUCCAACAAUACCCCCAGGCAAUCAGAAAGUACUUCAAAUGCUAACAAAGAUGAGACACUGAUCGAGCAGUAUGUAGAGGAUAAAGGGAUACCUUGGUCAAUUGUAGAUACGAUAGAAAAUAAUGAAUUUAACGAAUACCAUGCUCCAUUUCAGCAAUAUGUUGAAGACGCUAAGCUCAAGUCCAAAAAUACGCCCAUGCAUUCAGGUAAUAUUUUAAAUUCAGAUAUGAGUGUACCGCUAGAAGAGCAGCAUGCAGCAGACAGAGUGAUACCUUGUUCAGUUGAAGAUAGGAUAGAAAAUAAUGAAUUUAACAAUUACCAUACACCAACCACACAAUGUAUUGUAGAUACUAAACCUAAAUCUCAAAAUACGCCCAUGCGUUCAGGAAAUAUUUCAAAUUCAGACAAGAGUGUAACACUAAAGGAGCAGCAUGCAGCAGACACAGGGACACCUUGUUCAAUUGAUAAUAGGAUAGAAAAUAAUGAAUGUAACAAACACCAUGCACCAGACAAACAAUGUAUUGAAGACAGUAAACCUAAUUGUAAAAAUACGCCCAUGCAAUUAGAAAAUAUUUCUAGCUCAGGCAAAGGUGUAACAAUAAAAGAGCAGCAUUCGGGAUUUAAAGAGAUACCUUGUUCGUUUGAAGAUAGAAUAGAAAAUAAUGAGUUUAACAUGCACCAUACACCCACCACACAAUGUAUUGAAGAUGCUAAACCUAAAUCUCAAAAUACGCCCAUGCAUUCAGAAAAUAGUUCAAAUUCAGACAAGAGUGUAACAGUAAAAGGGCAGCAAGCAGCAGACAGAGGGAUACCUUGUUCAAUUGAAGAUAGGAUAGAAAAUAAUGAAUGUAACAAACACCAUGCACCAGACAAACAAUGUAUUGAAGACAGUAAACCUAACUUUAAAAAUACGCCCAUGCAAUUAGCAAGUAUUUCAAGCUCAGACAAAGGUGUAACACUAAAAAAGCUGCAUGCGGGAGAUAAAGGGAUAGCUUGUUCAAUUGAAGAUAGAAUAGAAAAUAAUGAUUUUAACGUACACCAUGCACCUACCACACAAUGUUUUAUAGAUAUUAAACCUACAUCUCAAAAUACGCCCAUGCAUUCAGAAAAUAUUUCGAAUUCAGACAAGAGUGUACCACUAAGAGAGCAGCAUGCAGCAGAUAAAGGAACACUUUGUUCAGUUAAAGACAGGAUAGAAAAUGAUGAGUUUGACAAACACCAUGCACCACCUAAGCAAUGUGUUGAAGACACUAAACCUAAACCUAAAAAUACGCCUAUGCAAUCAGAAAAUAUUUUAAAUGCAGACAAGGGUGUAACACUAAAAGACCAGCAUGUAGGCGGUAAAGGGACGCCUUGUUCAAUUGAAGAUAGAAUAGAGAAUAAGGAGUUUAACUUAUACCAUGCACUAACCACGCAAUGUAUUGUAGAUACUAAACCUAAAUCUAAAAAUACGCGGAUGCAUACAGAAAAUAUUGUAAAUACAGACAUAGUUUUAACACUAAAAGUGCAGCAUACAGCAGACAGAGGAACACUUUGUUCGGUUGAAGAUAGGACAGAAAAUAAUAAGCUUGACAAACACCAUGCAACAUCCAAGCAAUGUGUUGAUGACAUUAAACCUAAAUCUAAAAAUACGCCUAUCCAAUCACAAAAUGUUUUAAGUGCAGACAAGGCUGUAACACUAAAAGACCAGCAUGGAGGCGGUAAAGGGACGCCUUGUUCAAUUGAAAAUAAAAUAGAAAAUAAUGAGUUUAACGUACACCAUGCACUAACCACACAAUGUAUUGAAGAUAGUAAACCUAAAUCUGAAAAUACGCCCAUGCAUGCAGAAAAUAUUUCAAAUUCAGACAAAAGUGUAACAGUAAAAGAGCAACAUGCAGCAGCCAUAGGGACACCUUGUUCAAUUGAUGAUAGGAUAGAAAAUAAUGAAUUUAAUAAACACCAUGCAUCAGACAAACAAUGUAUUGAAGACGGUAAACCUAAUUCUCAAAAUACGCCCAUGCAAUUAGAAAAUAUUACAGGCUCAGACAAAGAUGUAACACUAAAAGAGCUGUAUGCGGGAUUUAAUGGGAUACCUUGUUCAUUUGAAGAUAGAACAGAAAAUAAUGAGUUUAACGUACACCAUACACCCAUCACACAAUGUAUUGAAGAUACUAAACCUAAAUCUCAAAAUACGCCCAUGCAUUCAAAAAAUAUUGAGUUAGACAAACACCAUGCACUUUCCAAGCAAUAUAAAAAUACGCCUAUGCAAUCAGAAAAUAUUUUAAGUCCAGACAAGGGUGUAACAUUAAAAGACCAGCAUGUAGGCGGCAAAUGGAAGCCUUGUUCGAUUGAAGAUAGAAUAGAAAAUAAAGAGUUUAACGUAUACCAUGCACCAACCAUACAAUGUAUUGUAGAUACUAAACCUAAAUCUACAAAUACGUCCAUGCAAACAGAAAAUAUUUCAAAUGCAGACAAAGUUGUAACACUAAAACAGCAGCAUGCGGAUGAGAAAGGGACACCUUGUUCUAUUGAAGAUAGAAUAGUAAAUAAUGAGCUUGACAAACACCAUGCACCAUCCAAGCAAUGUGUUGAAGACACUAAACCUAGAUCUAAAAAUGCACUCAUUCAUCAAGAAAAUAUUUUAAGUUCUGACAAGGGUGUAACACUAAAAGAGCAGCAUGUAGGGGGUAAAGGGACGCCUAGUUCAAUUGAAGAUAGAAUAGAAAAUAAUGAGUUCACCGUACACCAUGCACCAUCCAAGCAAUGUGUUGAAGACACAAAACCUAACUUUGAAAAUACGCCCAUCCAAUUAGAAAAUAUUUCAAGCUCAGACAAAGGUGUAAAACUUAAAGAGCAGCAUGCGGGAGAUAAAGGGAUACAUUGUUCAGUUGAAGAUAGAAUAGAAAGUAAUAAGUUUAACGUAUACCUUACACCAGCCACACAAUGUGUUGAAGACACUAAACCUGCAUCCAAGCAAUGUGUUGAAGAUACUAAACCUAAAUCUAAAAAUACGCCCAUGCAAUUAGAAAAUAUUUCAAGCUCAGACAAAGGUGUAACACUAAAAGAGCAGCAUGCGGGAGAUAAAGGGAUACCUUGUUCAGUUGAAGAUAGAAUAGAAAAUAAUAAGAUUAACGUAUACCAUAUACCAACCACACAAUGUGUUGAAGACACUAAACCUAGGUCUAAAAAUACGCUCAUCCAAUCAGAUAAUAUUUCAAAUUCAGGCGAAGGUGUAACAUUAAAAGAGCAGCAUGCAGUAGACAAAGAGUCACCUUGUUCAAUUGAAGGUAGGAUAGAAAAUAAUGAAUUUAACAAAUACGCUCCAUCAAUGCAAUGUGUUGAUGAUACUAAGUCUAAAAAUACGCCCAUGCAUUCAGAAAAUAUUUCGGACAAGAGUGUAACACUAAAAGAGCAGCAUGCAGCAGACAGAGCGACACCUACUUCAGUUGAAGAUAGGAUAGAAAAUAAUAAGUUCAAUGUACACCAUACACCAACUACACUAUGUAUUGAAGACAUUAAACCUAGAUCUAAAACUACGCUCAUGCAAUUAGAUAAUAUUUCAAAUUCAGACGAAGGUAUAACGCUAACAGAGCAGCAUGCGGAUGACAAAGGGACACCUUGUUCAGUUGAAGACAGAACAGAUAAUAAUGAGCUUGACAAACAGCAUGCACCAUCCAAGCAAUGUGUUGAAGACACUAAACCUAAAACUAAAAUUACGACCAUGCAAUUAGAAAAUAUUUCAAGCUCAGACAAAGGUGUAACACUAAAAGAGCUACAUGUGGGAGAUAAAGGGAUACCUUGGUCAGUUGAAGAUAGAAUAGAAAAUAAUAAUAUUAAUGUGCACCAUACACCAACCGCACAAUGUGUUGAAGACACUAAACCUAGAUCUAAAAAUACGCUCAUGCAAUCAGAUAAUAUUUCAAAUUCAGACGAAGGUGUAACAUUAAAAGAGCAGCAUGCAGUAGACAAAGAGUCACCUUCUUCUAUUGAAGGUAGGAUAGAAAAUAAUGAAUUUAACAAAUACGCUCCAUCAAUGCAAUGUGUUGAAGAUACUAAACCUAAGUCUAAAAAUACGCUGUUGCAUUCAGAAAAUAUUUCGAAUUCAGACAAGAGUGUAACACUAAAAGCGCAGCAUGCAGCAGACAGAGGGACACCUACUUCAGUUGAAGAUACGAUAGAAAAUAAUAAGUUCAAUGUACACCAUACACCAACCACACAAUUUAUUGAAGACACUAAACCUAGAUCUAAAAUUACGCUCAUGCAAUUAGAUAAUAUUUCAAAUUCAGACGAAGGUGUAACAUUAAAAGAGCAGCAUGCAGUAGAUAAAGAGUCACCUUGUUAUAUUGAAGGUAGGAUAGAAAAUAAUGAAUUUAACAAGUACGCUCCAUCAAUGCAAUGUGUUGAAGAUACUAAACCUAACCCCAAAAAUACGCCCUUGCAUUCAGAAAAUAUUUCGAAUUCAGACAAGAGUGUAACACUAAAAGAGCAGCAUGCAGGAGACAAAAGGACACCUUGUUCAGUUGAAAAAAGAAUAGAAAAUAAUGAAUUUGACAAACACCACUCACCAACCACACACUGUAACGAAGAUACCAAACCUAAAAACACACUCAUUGAAUCAAAAAAUAUUUCAACUUCAGACAAGGAUCUAACUCUGAAAGAGCAGCAUGCAGGAGAUAAAGGGACACCUUGUUUAAUUGAAGGUAGAAUAGGAUAUAAUGAAUUUAAGAAACGCUGUGCACCAUCCAAGCAAUGUGUUGCAGGCACAAAACGUAAAUCUAAACGUAUCCUCAUGCAAUCAAAAAAUAUUUCUAAUGCAUACAAAGGCCUAACUCUGAAAGAGCAGCAUGCAGUAAACAAAGUGACACGUCGGUCAGUCGAAGAUAGAUUUGAAAAUAAUGAAUGUAAUAAACACUAUGCACCAACCAAACCACAUGUUAAAGACACUAAACGUAAAUAUAAAAAUACGCCAAUCAAAUCAGGAAGUAAUUCAACAUCACACAAAGUUGUGACACUAAAAGAGCGGCAUGUAGGGGAUAAAGAGACAUCAACCAAGCAAAGUGUUGCAAACACUAAAUUGUUGAUUAAUAAAUUAGACUCAUUUGAAGAGCCUUUGCAAAUUAGUAACCUAGAGAAUAUAACCAAAUCACAACUUAGUGACAAAACAGCCGAUAUGGCUUAUACUGAAGGAACUGGAAAUACCGAUAUAUGUACUUCGGUACAAACUUAUUAUAGCAGUCUUGGAGUUGACAAUAAUGAAACUGCACAAAAUCUAAGAAGCCAACAUUGUAAAAGAAAUGUUAUAAAUGAAAACGUUAACAUUGCGAAAAAUAACCAAGAAAUAAAUAAAAAUAAUGCCACCUUGACACAUAAAUAUGCUACGAUAAAUACAAAUAAUAUAGGUAAUGAAGAUAAAAUAACCACUCUAGAUAUUUCUCAGAAGAACAGUGCGGUAAUUCAACACUUCAAUAACUCCGUUCAUGUAGAGCAAGAUCAACAAAACAGCAAUUAUAAUCAAGAAACAACAUCUACAUCUGAAUCACAAUUAAGCCAAUACUCAGUAAAACUUACUAAGGUCUUGCAACCAACCUCAGAGAUUGUAGAAAAGACUAUGACAAAUUGGAACGACAAAUUUAUCAUGACGCAUACAAAAGCGACAGAAAAUUUGACAUUGCCAUCUGUACACUUUGAAAACUCCAAUCAUAACGAGAAGUACUGUGAAUUAAAAAGAAAUACAGACAUAGAUGCAACACAACCGCUGGCAUUUGAUGUAUUUAGUGAUGUUUCAGUGGACAGUGACAAUGAAGAUUUAGGCCAAGAUAUUAUUUUGGAGCAAGUUAACGCGGUGAUUGCAAAAUUAGACGAACAACUUAUGAUUUUAGAACGUGGCUGUCAAAAUAAAGAAGAACAAAAAUGUUACGAUAAAGGCGCUUUUGGGAAACAAGAUCGUGUAUUAGACGAUAUGCCGUUACUUGAAAUUGGAAAUGACAAAAAUGAUAAAGCCGGCAUUGAAAUAGAGAUCAAUCCACGUUGCAAGAACAUGAAAUGUCCGCCAAUUACAGAUCCGAUUUGCACCGAAAUGUCGUAUAAAGAUUCGGGAAAAGAACGAAAGAACUAUAUCAUAAUGAUCAAUAAGUGUGAAAUGAACUACGUCAACUGUCACAAAGGAGUCAACGUUAAGGAAGUUUCUAUGAAGGAAUGCAACAAACAGAAGAAAAUGAGAAAUUCGGGCGGACUAAGUGUAUCAAAUUCUCGUUCGAAGAAGAAAAUAACACGGGAUUUAAGCAAAGCAGGGAAAAAAAGUUCAAGAAAUAUUAGAUCUAGAAUAUUUCGUCCUGUCUGGAAUAAAUACUAUAAAUUGAAAGGGAAAGCAAAGGCUAGACGUAGACCGAAACGUGGCGUCUCUGAUACAAUGAUCUUGGAACCUAGACAGAACGCCAGACGCGUGGAUCCUGUUAUACCUGCCCCGUCAAAAAAGUCAACGGCAUCGAAAAAAUUGAACAAGCCAAAACCUGGAACUUACAAAGUAAAGGCAACGGCGCAUAAUAUGAAGCUAAAUGAUUUAAUAACGAAAAAGGAACUAAUGGACCUGGAAUCUGGAUUAUUAAUGAAAUUGAAAAAUAAUGGCAGUGCAUCGGAAAGACAGGCAAUUCGAGAUAUGAAGGCAUUGGCUAAUACGAAGAAACAAAACAUUUUCAAGAACAAGAAAUUGUCCAAAUUGUCUACAGAUGAGACUUUAGCAGAUGUUUUAGGAGUUUUAAGUCGAGAAUUUUUAAAUGAUGAUCCAGUUACCAAGGGUAAGCCAAUGCGCCAAACUGCAAAUAAGAAUGGUGUAAAAAUUUUGAAAAAACCGAAAGCAAAUCUAAAAGACGUAAUUAAUAAAGAUGAAUUGUUACAUUUAUUAGGCGAUGGACUUAAAAAAUUGAAUGAAGAUUACAAACAAUUUCAAACGGACGAUAAACACACAAUACUUAUUGACUCAUCGAAGAAAAGUCCAGUUGCAAGUAACAACCCGAUAAAAAUACCAAACAGGAACAAUUCACAGAAAAAACCAACAUCCAAGACAAAUUCAAACAUUAAAUCUUUGAAGACACUGGCGAAAAUAAAUACUGAAAAGCGGAUUGGUAACAACAAUUCAGCGAAAAAUACACCAGUGAAUAUUGUAAAAGACGUUAUGCCCAAGAAAGUGAUAGUAAACAAAAUUGUUCCGAUAAAAAAAUCAGCACCAAUGAAACUGAAGCAAGUUUUGAGAGAGAGUAACGGUGAAUCAUCAGAAGCUGAUAGUUCGGAAGCUGCUAAGUAUGCUAACCACAAGUUUCGUCAAGGACUCGCUCGCUUGUGGGGUGAUCACAGUAUCACGGAUCUGAUCAGUCAAUUUCAAAAUGAAAAGGGCCUACAAGACGAAGUGGAUUUAAACGAGUACAAGGCUACCUGCCCGACAAAGUGUCCAAUCAGAACACAGAUGGUGUGCUCGCGAUGCGGUGACAAAAUAUACCGAACUUUCCAAAGCAUCUGUCACAUGAAAAUGUUCCAAUGCAAAUAUCCUACAGAAAAACUACAGCUAGUAGCCCGCGAGCCGUGUGCCCUCUCGACUCCCUAUCUCAGAGACAUGAGGAUACCAACUGGGAGACUCACGGAACCUAACGACGACGACGUUGUAUUACGAUACAUUAAAUGCCAGAACGACAGAUCUGUAUAUGGUCAAGCUAAUGAUCCUCGAUGCAAUUUACAUGGAAAUUAUUACAAAUUUAUAUAUCCACCAUCCGAUAACAAACCAAGCCUUAACAACAAACCUGACCAUGAUCAUAACCCUGAUACUGACAAUACAAUUGAACACGAUAACGGCCAGGACCCGGAUAAUCAGGACCCAGAUAACCAGAGCCUGGAUAAUCAGGACCCUGAUAAUCAGAACCCUGAUGACCACGUUAAAGUUGAUACAGACGGUGAUAAUGAUUCGGUAGUUCCUAAAGAGCCUUCUGAAGAUGAUUUUAGUAAUGAAACCGGGCAUGAAGAUAAUAAGAAUGAAUACGGAGGUCAUGACAGUGGUGAAUUCGGUGGCAAUGAUGAUGAUCUUAAACCAGAAUAUCAAUACUUUGAUAGCAUCUAAAAGGAGCUCGUUUCCUGCAACGAUGCCAUGGACUCUUGUGAAACAUAGCAAGCUUUACCAGUUCAAGCAUUUAUCAACUGCAACAUCACUUCGCGUUCCUGAUCCACUGACAGUAGACAGUGACCGCGGAUCUUUUAAAGUUGUAAACGUAAACUCAUUAGCGGGCUUUACACAGUCACUCUGUCGCGCCUGAUAAGGCAAUCGUGCGCAAUUGAGCGCGCGUGUAAAGACGUUGAAAAGAAAAGGGAAAGACCACGCAAUUGCGCCCAUCAGUCGCGUGCGCAAUCGCGCGUUCCAAUGUUGCCUUUUACACGGACGCUCUUCCGUUGUAAUAAAAAUGAACACGACAAUGGCGCGCGAAAGAACAUUAAUUUAAAAACCUUCAAACAGGUAAUCGCUCGCGAAUGCGCGUACAGGCUUUCCCGCGCGCAUUUCUGUACUCUCCAGAUCUCGCGCAAUAGAGUGAGUGUGUAAAGGAGGCUAAUGUCAAAUUUUCUGCACUGGGAAGUGAUUGACGGACUGACCAUUUACAGUCACUUACAUUCUUGUACAAUUAUGUUU